UCCCUCCAGCAUGCCCUGGGUCUUCACGCGAGUCAUCCUAGCCAUGCCCGAGUCACCUCAACUGGCUCCUCGAUGUGGAGGAGCAGCAGGUCUACUAUGAGCCCCCCCCCCCAGAUGACUGAGCUUCUCACCCAAUCUCUAAGGGAGAGCCCAGCCACCCUGUGGAGAAAAGUUGUGUCCACGAUCCCAUUCUUUCAGUGAUUACCCAAAGCUUGUGACCAUGGUUGAGGGUACGAACGAACGUAGAUUGUUCGAUAAAUCGAGAGCUUCAUCGUCCGACUCCACUCUCUUCACCACGACAGACCCUCGAUCAUGAAAGAUGCCUUAACUCCUCCAUAUCGAGCAGGACCUCAUCCCUGACCAGGUGAAGGCCUUCUACCCUUUUCCGACUCAAGACCAUGGUCUUGGAUUUAGAGCUGAUUCUCAUCCCAGCUGCUCCACACUUGGCUGUGAACUGCUGCGGUAAAAGCUGGAGAUCACGUCUGAUGAAACCAACAGGACAUAAUCUGCAGAAAGCAGAGACUUGAUCCUCAAGCCACCAAAACAUAUCCCCUCAACACCUUGGCUGCACCUGUCCAUAAGUUAUGAACAGAAUCUGUGACAAUGGGCAGCCGUUCCCUCUCACCGGGGAAGAGAGAAAGCUAACUAUGUACAAUUACAGCUUUUCCCUGAAGUACAACAGUUUGUGCUUUUUAGAGCUCUUUAAGGUUAACUUUACUUCCCCAAAAUAGAGGACUGUAAAAUUAUGACACGGCCACCCUUUGACGGGGUGUUGAGAAGCUAAAAAAAAAUCUCACUCAUACAGAAGUCAGUAAUUUAUGUAAUAAAACGUUUUAUUGGAAUUUUGCAUGAUUCACUCAAUUAUGAUUUUCUUUGUUUCUUCCAUUGUUAUUUUGUUGUUGUAAACUUACUAAAUUGCCACCAGAGGGCGGUGUGUGUACUGCAGACAGUAAAUGUAUAAAACAAAAAAAGCGGAUUGUUGCAAGUUUUGUUUUAAAUUAGUCUUCCAGUCACACUCGCUGUAAGUCAGUAAUGUUUUAAAAUCCAACAUUUGUAAUUGUUGAGAGCCAAAGUGGACUUAUUUACAAGAGAAACUUUUUAACCCAAAAUGAAAAAAAAAAUCCACGAAAUCCUCACGAGGGCGACAUUUACGCAGCAGAUUUUAGUAAAUGUGUUCAGUUUAAAAUAAGCUCCUUUUAAAAAUUAAAUACUUUGUUAUAAGUGUUGUAUCAUGGUUUCAAUAUUUCUUUGGUUAAAAGACAAAAUAAACAUUUCUGUUGGACGCACUUUGAGAUAGAACGAGUCAGCCAAACCUCUCCAUGCACCACGUGAUGCAGAAACCCGGAACUAAACAGACUAGAAUCUACAGGAACUUGUUGAACGUGAGCUCGUCUUAAGGUUUUCAUCCGUCCUUUAAGCUCGUGAACACGUCUAAGUAAGCGGUAUAAUGCUGGCUCUGCUUCACGUGUCAGUACCUUUCCUGUUCUGUGUACUUUUGGCGAACACGAGCCUGUUCAGCCACGUACAGGUGGACCUGACCUACGAUCAUUACGCAGAGCAGAGAGCCGACUACUUGCCUGCUUUUUUGGCGAUGCCAUUCAACUGUCUGGUGAACGUGGGUUACUUCUUCCUGGGACUGUACUGGCUGUUUUGGUGCAGAAGCGUCCGGGAAACGGAACGCGGCCGCUACCUGCGGCAGGUGUUUGCCCUCAUGGCUGUUCUAUAUUCACCUGUACAGUGGACGCGCCUGGCGACGCUGCGGCGCGCCCCCGCCGUCCUCGACCAGUGGUUCACCUUGCCGAUCUUCGCCUGGGUUCCGGUGUGGAUCGACUUCAUUGAGCGCGGGCCCUUCAAGUGGCACGCAACGCACGCGGUUGUGCUCGAGCUGUGCUCCAUCCUAAGCUACGGCCUCGCGCUGGCGCACGAGCGCGGCUUCGAGGUCGCGUUGGGUUUCUACGUUGCUCUAGCGCUGUACAAAGGAGGGCGCGUGCAGCUCACGCACGGGAAUGGUCACACAGCGGGGUAUCUGCUGCUGGCCACGCUGUCCUGUACCGGCUUCGUGGUGCUGAAGCUGCUGGACCACUGGCUGGCUCGGUUCUGCUGGUCUAAAGUGUGCGAUGUGCUGCAGUUCCACUUCAGCUUCUGUUUCCUCACCAUUAUGACUGAGAAGGCUCAGGGGAAGGCUGCAGCUCAGCAGGAGUGAAAUGUAAUCACCUCUAAGACAGAGCCUUGGGGCACUAAUCUAGACGGACACAUCUGCCCCGUUGCUACACCUCUGGCUUUCAAAGGACGCCCAGGUCUUAGUCAACAGGUCUGCAAGACAGAACUUAAAAACCAGGAGGGGUGUUUGUAAAAAUAAGAGUUUCCAUUGAUCUUAAAGUAAGUAAAUAUUACUUUAUUAUUAAACUAAAAUAAUUACAUAUUGUAAAUGUUCUAUUUAACAUUUAAAUUGAGUUUGUUUUAGAUGGAAAACCAAUCAAGUCCCAAAAACCUGCUUGGAACAUUUAUGCAGCUUAAUAAUGCAAUGAUGUAGUUAUUAAAUAUGUGACUGGUGCCUCUACAUAAACAAAUUAAACAUCUUCUCGUGGACCUGUGA